AUGGGAUGCACUACUUCUAAAAACACAAGUACUAGAGAAGUGCGAAUCGUCAUUUCACGUCCUGAAAGUGUUAAUCCAAUUGCGACAGUAAUUAAUGACGAAAAAUACCCGCUUCCAAAAAAGAACUAUGGAGGGGAUAGAUUGGCUUUACAACAUAACAUAUUUAAAUAUAUAUGGCAAAGUAACUUUUCGGCUCCUGUUAACGAAAAAUUAGAAACUGGUGCAAAGGUCUUGGACUUUGGUUGUGGAACUGCUACUUGGCUCAUAGAUUUAUCAUCACAAUAUCCAAAAUCUUCAUUUUUUGGUGUUGAAAAACCCUCUUCAGUACUUCGUGAUCUCACUCCAUCAACACCACAAAAUGUUUCAAUUCAAUACUGCGACCUUUUAUCCAAACUACCAUUCGAGGAUGAAACAUUUGAUUUUAUAUAUAUACGGUUUAUGGCUUCUGUAAUACCUGAUAAUAAUUUUAAAGAAGUAAUAAAUGAGUUGGUAAGAGUCUUAAAAACUGAUGGAUACAUGGAAAUUAUGGAUGUUGAUGCUCAAGGUGGUAACGAAGGAAUGUUAACACAAGAAUUUAUGUCUUCAGUUCGAUCAUAUUAUAAAUCAGUAGGAAUAAAUCCUACCAUAACUGCAACUUUAGAACCUCUAUUCCGUUCCAAAUCUCAUCUAGCCUCCAUAACUACUGAAAGGCAAUGUUACCCAAUUGGUAAUUGGGAUAACCCUAUUGGUGAAAUUGCUCUAGAAAAUUUGCUUAUGGUCUUGAAGCAGAUUAAAAGCCAUUUAGCUUCCUAUAUGAAACUUAAUGAAGAUGAGUAUGAUAUGAAGCUUUUUAAUAUUAAAGAAGAGGUUAAUAUCUUUCAAACUUAUUGGAAUAGCGUUAGGGUUUAUGGAAAAAAGGUGACAGAAAUGAGAUCUUCAAUUUAA